CGUCUAUACACCAGUUAUUACGACUUAAAUCCACAGACAGCAUGGCAGCUUCCAUAAAGAACAUUCGUGUUACAUAGAAGCAGUUUUAUAACUGUUUGGGGGGAUCUUUUUUGGUCCGUAAAUGUCGCUUUCCUUUUGACUUUGAACAAAACACGUUCUUCAUCACAUGCCGAAAGUGUGUGCACCUCACAUGUUCACAAGGAACCUGCACAGCUUCCUGGUUCUGGUUUGUAGACAUGCCAGUCGCGUUGCCCGACAGCAGUAUGAUGUUAUUGUUGUGGGUGGGGGUCAUGCAGGGACUGAGGCGGCGGCAGCAGCAGCCAGAGUGGGAGCUGAGACGCUCCUGGUCACACAGAAAAUUCACACCAUUGGUGCCCUGUCCUGUAACCCGUCUCUGGGAGGAAUAGGGAAGGGCCACCUUGUAAAGGAGGUGGAUGCUUUGGAUGGGCUUUGUGGUCGAGCUGGAGACUGGGCUGGGAUCCAUUUCUCCAUCCUGAAUCGUAGAAAAGGCCCAGCUGUGUGGGGCCCCAGGGCCCAGCUGGACCGGCAGCGCUACCACGAAUUUAUUCAGUCUGAGCUGCUGUCCACUCCCAGGCUGACAGUGUUGGAGGGCUCAGUGGAGGAGCUGCUGGUAAUAGAACCAAACCCAGAGGAGCCUGGACGCCACAGAGUCACUGGCGUAUGUUUGGCCAGCGGAAGCCACCCAAUCUCAGCGCGCUCUGUGGUUCUUACCACUGGUACUUUCCUUUCGGGCUCCCUCUUCAUGGGCCAAGCCACAUUCCCAGGGGGUCGGAUUGGCGAUGCCCCAUCGAGUGCUGGGCUGUCCCAGACGCUGAGGGAGAGGCUGGGGCUCAGGACAGGCAGGCUGAGAACCGGUACCCCUCCCAGGAUUGUGAAGGAUUCAGUAGACCUUUCCCUGGCUUACCUUCACCCCCCUGACAGUAGUCCAACACCAUUCAGCUUCCUUAAUACACACACACAUUGCAAGCCCGAAGAGCAGCUGCCUUGCCACCUGACUCAUACUAACCCUGGUGUAGAGAGAGUGGUGAGGGAGACUCUUCAUCUCAACUGUCACAUACAGCAAGACACCAAGGGUCCCAGGUACUGCCCCUCCAUUGAGUCGCGGGUGCUUCGCUUUCCAGGCCGAAAGCACCAAGUGUGGCUGGAGCCUGAGGGAUUGGACUCUGAUCUUUUGUACCCUCAGGGUCUGUCCAUGACCAUGCCCCCUGAAAUGCAGCUCUGCCUCAUCAGAGAAAUCCCCGCCUUGCACAGAGCGGAGAUCCACACACCUGGUUAUGGUGUGCAGUACGACUUUGUGUGCCCCACUCAGCUGACCCCUGCCCUUCAGGUGAAGAGCACCCAAGGACUUUUCCUGGCUGGUCAGAUCAACGGAACAACAGGGUACGAGGAAGCUGCUGCACAGGGUCUGUGGGCAGGGGUGAACGCCGCCCGCUGGGCACUUUCCAUGCCUCCAGUGGCGUUGUCUCGGACAGAGAGUUAUAUCGGAGUUCUCAUCGAUGAUCUGGUGAGUCGAGGCGUCACAGAGCCCUACCGCAUGUUCACCAGCCGGGCCGAGUUUCGAACCUCUCUAAGGCCAGACAACGCUGACCUCCGCCUCACUCUGAAAGGGUUUGAGGAGGUGGGAUGUGUGUCCUCCUUACGCUAUCAGGAGGCUGUGAGAGUGAGAAACAGUCUGCAAGAUGCACUGACAGCCUUGCGGUCUAUCUCUCUGUCCACUCCCAACUGGAGAGAGAAGCUGCCCGAUCUCCGUAUGAGCGAUGCCAAGAACACAACAGUGACUGGUAUGCAGGUGCUGCAGUACAAUGAUGUGUCCUUUGAAAGGCUUGCAUCUAUUUUCCCAGAGUGCCUUUCACCUUACACGGAGUUCUCACAAAGGCUUAACAUAGAGGCCGUGUACAGGCCUCACUGUGAGCUUCAGAAGAAAGAGAUGGAGAGAAUUCGGAAGGAGGAGAACAUGUCUCUCCCACAGGACAUAGACUAUUUCUCUCUGCCAGUGUCACUGUCUCAGGAAGUCAGAGAGAUUUUGGACAGAGUUCGACCCAGUACUCUGGGUGCUGCUGUACGUUUGCAAGGCAUAACUCCAGCUGCCAUCGUGCAUCUCCUGAACUAUGUGCGCCACACAGGACAAAAGGAGAGACAAAUGAACAGACACCGAUCGGCCCAAAAGGAGGAGAGAGAAGAGGAGCUGUGUGCAAGAAACAUAUCUUUACCACAGUGAAAUGAUGACUAAAAAUGGCUUGUAAAAAUGUAUUUAUUCCUGAAAACGCACAAAAGAAUAAAAAGAAAAAGAACAAAAGAAUAAAUUAA